GCUGGGUAAGGGGGAAUGGGGCUCCCGAGUGGGUCAGCGGGGCUAGGGCCGAGGGCAGGCGGCAAUGUCUGUGGAGAAAGAGGUUCCGUUCAAGGCUUCACACCCGAGCGCCAAAGUGCGGAGUAAGCAGUUUAGGGGCCCGCGGGGACGCAGUAAGGCCCGGGCACGGGGCGCUCGGAGCAAGGCCAAGGCCCACGUCCACAGGCGAUCGCCACCAGAGCCGCUCUGCAAGAAGGCGCCAGUACGAGAGAAGGAGAAGGUGUGGGCGCCCUGGAACGGGCUCGUCGUGAUUGGAAAGAGAGUGGAACUCUUGGACAGAAACCUGCAAAAGUCCAAACUGUGGGACCCCAAGUUGGAAUCUGAGAACUGGAAGCUGGAAGUUGUGGGGAAGAAGAUCUCGAAAGAGAGAUCGACACAGAGGGUGGACACAAAGCUCCCGAGCAAUGGAGGAAGGACAUCACAGGCUCCAGCAAGUCUGGAGGAGGACAGCUCAGAGAUUUGGAGACAGCAAGAGAACAGACUCAAAACCGGAUCUGUAUCGAAGAGUGCAGAGAUGACAGAGUCUGAAGAAAGGAUGAAGUCUAAGGACAAGUUGAGGACCAGUGGAGGGGACUUGAGGUCCAGAGGGGAUCAACUGAGGCAGAGUGAGGAGUUGGAGACAAGUGGAGAGAACUUGAUGCACAAGAGAGAGAAACGGCUUUCCUCAGGAGAGAAGCGGAGGUCUGUUGUAGAGAAAACAGACAGUAAAGAGAAACGGGGGUCCAUCAGAAAGAAGGCCUCCGACAGUGGAGAGAAACGGGGUUCCAUCAGAGAGAAGGCCUCCGACAGUGGAGAGAAACGGGGUUCCAUCAGAGAGAAGGCCUCAGACAGUGGAGAGAAACGGGGUUCCAUCAGAGAGAAGGCGUCGGACAGCGGAGAGAAACGGGGAUCCAUCAGAGAGAAGGCCUCCGACAGUGGAGAGAAACGGGGGUCCCUCAGAGAGAAGGCAUCGGACAGUGGAGAGAAACGGGGUUCCAUCAGAGAGAAGGCGUCGGACAGCGGAGAGAAACGGGGUUCCAUCAGAGAGAAGGCCUCCGACAGUGGAGAGAAACGGGGGUCCAUCAGAAAGAAGGCCUCAGACAGUGGAGAAAAACGGGGGUCCCUCAGAGAGAAGGUGUCGGACAGCGGAGAGAAACGAGGGUCCCUCAGAGAGAAGGUGUCGGACAGCGGAGAGAAACGAGGGUCCCUCAGAAAGAAGGCCUCAGACAGUGGAGAGAAACGGGGGUCCCUCAGAGAGAAGGUCUCAGACAGUGGAGAGAAACGGGGGUCCCUCAGAGAAAAGGCCUCAGACAGUGGAGAGAAACGGGGGUCCCUCAGAGAGAAGGCCUCCGACAGUGGAGAGAAACGGGGGUCCCUCAGAGAGGCCUCAGACAGUGGAGAGAAACGGGGGUCCCUCAGAGAGAAGGUGAGGUCAAGUGAUGAAAAGAGGCUGAGCAGAGAGAAAUUAAGGUCCAGUGGAGAGAAGCUAAGGACUGGUAAAAAUUUGAGAUCCACCGAAGAUAACGUGGAGUCAAAUAUUGAGAAAGUACAAUCCAGCGAGAUGAAACUGGAAGAACCAUCACUAACCAGAAGUGGAAGUGCAGAAGAGCAUUCACUAACCGGAAGUACAACCGAAGAGGCUCCUGAAAGAGUGAUAAAUGUUACUGGUGAUGAAAGUAUGAUGGAAAAUAUGAGUCAGGAAAUGCAAAUUCCUUCUGAAAGUGUAGAAGGGCGAGAUGAAGGAGCAGAGAAAGGGGUGGAAAUUGACAGUGUCGUGGUGGAUGAAAUGGAAGACACUGCUGAUGAAUCUGUUCCUGUGGAAGAGAAAGACACAGCUGGAGAGGACUCCCGGGAGUCAGGUGGAUGAAGAAUUGAAUGUAAAGUAUUGAAAGUCAAGAGAAGCUAGAACAAAGCAAAACUUUGUGGAUCCAGGGUAAAUAUGAGGGAGGAUUCUGGACCUGAGAGGAGCAUGGGGAUGAGCAGAAUUAUAGGUGUGGAGGCCAAGCUGAUAUCAAUGGGAAGGAAGAGUGGGAAGGAGGAAAAUGGGAACACUUUAAAGGAGAAAAAAAGUGUGGGAAUGAAUGUAGUAGAAGGAAACUGCUUCAGUCUUGAAGAACUGUUGGAGAAAUGAGUCAGAGUGGGCUGGGCUGGGCAGAUGGACAUGGUAGGCAUAGGGGAUGUAGGAGGAUGUAAAAAGCAGAUAAAGGAUGGACACGGAGGGCUGUGGAGAAGCAGCAAACAGGUGAGGUGUCUGAUGCAGACACCAGAACCCGAGGGGCUCCUGCAGUGAAACAAACGGGAAGAGGAGUGACAAAUUAAAGUGAAGGAACCAAGAAGCCACUUCCUGCCACGGCGUUUAGACCUAUGUCUACCUGAGACCAUCAUUUGAAGGUUCCUCUGGUGACUCUCUGUGAGCUGAGGUAUUGUCAUCUCUUUAAAAGACACUUUCUUGGGCACAAGAUCAAGACAGCAUUUGCCCUUGUAUGGGAAAUGAACAACACAUCAGGAUAUACAGAUUCUGACCAAAUUAUCAGCUUUCUGUUAUUUGGCUGGCAGGAUAACCAAACACACCAGUGGAAAAAGACCCAGUCCCUCAGAGGAGCCACUCAAUCCAAAGGCAUUUGGAAAACAGAAGACAACAGAGAUGCUUUAUUAACCAUCAGACAGGCUCCCUCUCAAAGUUUGUGCUCCCCGCUCCCAGCUGUGUCCUCAGCAAAGCUGAAGGAGUGACCCUGGCCUGGGAGAAGACUCUGGAAGCUCGUGCCAGACAGAGGAAGGCUGAAGUGGGGACUGUCAAGUGCAGUCCCUAGGGCAGGCCCACAACACAGUGCCCUCAGUGCAUGGUAACCCUUCCCUCCGGGUGGGCUCCAUGAUGCUUUGAGGGUCUUAAAAAUCCCUGGCGGGAAGGUCAGAACUCACACACUCCCAUGUCCCCAGCCCUCCCACCGGGAAUGGGGUCAUUGCUUAACUGGUCAAACCGUGCCCCAAGAGUCUGUGAGGUAGGGUGACAGAAACGUGCCUAGCCGGCUCCUGGGGUCAUGGCUGGCUGGUGAUGGAAUGGUUCAGCCAGGAGACAAAACACACCCCUUGCACUCCAGCCUUCUGAAGCAUCCAAGCGUAGACUGAGGCCAUUCCUUUUUUAUUUCCAGAACUGUGGGAAAGACCGCGGCUCCAGUGGGCCACCUAACUUACAGGAGGGAACUGAGUCCUGUAACUUCUACCCACAGGUCUUUCUCUUCAUUCAACCAAUGAGGGAAAAUCUUCCAAGAGCUUAUUUCCCACCCCGGGGCAGUCCUGAGAGAGGGAACAACUGUCUGCGUGUCUCCUCAUCAAGACAGCAGUAGUAGGUGGCAGCGACCACAGAGGCCCCCUACCUACUCGAUGGGACAGGCUGUGGGACCAGGUCUCUGGUCUUGUGUCCCUCAGAUCUGUUCUGGAAAAAAAAAAAAUCUCUAGAACCCUAGGAAGUCUUAAUGAUUUGAACAAGCAGAAUAUCUUUGUCCUCUGUGAAAGUCAACAUAUGAUCUGUUACUGAUUGGGAUGUGAAAUAAAACUAAAAAUAACAGCA